UUUCUUACUUGAUUGUCAAAUUUAAACCUCCCUGUUUUUGCAUCCGAAAGAGCCGCGUCUCUUAUUCGCAGGGACCCGCGGACUUUUCUUCUAAUAGAUUUGAGCACUAGGAAGAACUUUACAAGCAUGUCUUCUCCACUGGGAUCCAAAGACAGUGCCUCAUCUGACGAGGAUAUUCGAACACAGCCGACUGCAAAGGAAAGAAAAGUCCAAGUGUCAAGUUUGCCAUUCAGCGUGGAGGCGUUAAUGUCGGACCGAAAGGCUCAGAGUGACUUUGCGGAGAAAAGCGACGGCACUUCGUUAGGGAUCCCCAGAAGCCAUGGCUCGCUGCCGAUGUCCAGAGAUUCGUACAGUCCGGAGGGAUUUUCCAAGCACUUUGUCCCGACGUCACCCGUGAAAUCGGAGGCAUCAGAGCAUGAAGACUGUGCACCUUGGGUGACAAACUCCAGUUUUUCUCCGCCACCCCGCCAGCUGAGUCCCAGCACCUGUCCCCUGAGGAAGCACAAGACCAACCGCAAGCCACGGACCCCCUUCACUACCUCACAGCUGCUGGCCCUCGAACGCAAGUUCAGGCAGAAGCAGUACCUCUCCAUCGCCGAGCGGGCUGAGUUCUCUAGCUCCCUCAACCUGACCGAGACCCAGGUGAAGAUCUGGUUUCAGAACCGGCGAGCGAAAGCCAAACGAUUGCAGGAGGCAGAGCUGGAGAAGCUGAAAAUGGCAGCCAAACCUGUGCUGCACCCGAGUUUCACGUUACCCUUCCCCCUGAACACGCCUCUCCAGACUGCGGCGUCCCUGUACGGACAGUCGUACCCUUUCCACCGGCCCAUGCUGCCCGUAUCGCCAGUCGGACUAUACACCACUCCCAUCGGUUACAGCAUGUACCACUUAUCAUGAAGCAGACUCGCGUCCGAAGGGUGCCAUGGAACGUUUGGAUUCUAGAGCGCCUCUGUUGCCCCACUGGGACAUCAUCCCUCUGUGACGUCCCUUUAAGAUGGUCCUCAUGUUUUUUUGUGCAUGAUAUAAAUACAAAAUGUAGAAGAUGGGUACAGCCAAAGCAACCUGGUAUUCCACGAGCUCUGAUCUGUGCUGUUUGUCAUAUACCAGUUACCUACUUGUCAAGAAAUACAGGUCUGCCGCUGAGGGAUGCACCAGUACUCAUUCAGCAGGGAAGCUGCAGGACGUGCCUUCAUUUCACAGAUACCUGUCUGCUUAAGCUAGACAUUUAGGCUUUAUGGAUUUUGUGCGACUUGGAGGAUUAAUGACUGACAUUCGGUUAUGUGGCGGCCAGCGUAUAGAUUAUUACUUCAUAAAGCCAGUUUUUUUUGUUUAAGCCUGUCAGAAUCGUAGUAUACAGAACCUAUUAUUUGCACUUUUACAUUGGCUUGUAGUUGUGAAAAUAAUGGAGCUCGGCCUUGUGACCCAGGAGUGGGCAUCUCUGCUCUACACACGUCACAGAAACCGGUAGAUCUGAACGGCACCAUGUGAUUGAUUAAUUUGAAGCAUCUGGCAGAGUGUAUUCCGGUUCUGCGACAGACAGCCUAGCUGACAGGGAAUAUACUGAUAGUAUUUACAGGAUACUGACUUUGGUUUCCUGCUUAUUUCCCGUCACACAGGUGACACAGAUAGAGAUAAAUUCGGCUUAGUCUUGUACAGCAGCCACUGAUCCAGUGUCAGCACUUAAUAUUUCUCAUACUCAUCCAGUCAUACUGAUAAAAAUGUCAAUGGAGCAAAUGUUUUGUAUUUAUGGAAAUGCAGCUUAAACAUGAACAUAAAUAGAAUCACGAGUUAUCAGAUCAUAUGUAGUCUUGAAAUCCUUUGAAAGGAACAAUGUUGUACAGUUUUAUAGAUAAUAUUAAAGAAUCAUCUAUUUCUUGUUUGAUAUUAAAUUAAAAUGUUUUUUUAACCUUG